CCCGCCAUAUUUCCCCCUAAAAAUUUUCAGAUCUAAGCCCUCCCAUUUCGCCGAAGCCCUCAGAACCUCAUACCAGAGAAUCGAAACACACGAAGACAAUCAAGCAACUCUUCACGAAUCCGCCAUGAAAAUCCGUUCGCUGAAGCUCAGGGAAGCCCACAAGCCCGCCGGCGUCGACCGCCCGUCCUGCUGCUCCGUGCUGUGGGACCAACGGGCUCACCACCUCGUCACCGCCUCUUCCUCGGACCCCGCUAUCUCGAUUCACGAUGCCCUGCUUCCUUCGAGCCCUCCGAGGAUCCUUCGCCACCACAGGGACGGCGUCACGGCCUUGGCGAUUAGCCCCAACUCCACUUGCCUCGCGUCCGGAUCGAUUGAUCACUCGGUCAAGCUGUACAAAUUUCCAGGUGGUGAUUUUCAAACCAAUGUUACUAGAUUUACUCUACCAAUUCGUGCCCUUGCAUUCAACAAGUCAGGGAGCAUGUUGGCCGCAGCUGGUGAUGAUGAGGGACUCAAACUAAUUAACACAAUUGAUGGUUCUAUAGCCAGGGUUCUGAAAGGACAUAAAGGGUCGGUUACUGGUUUGGCUUUUGAUCCCAACGGUGAAUACUUGGCAUCUAUGGACUCGAUGGGGACAGUCAUAUACUGGGAACUUCAUUCUGGAGCCACUUUGCAUACGCUUAAAGGCAUUGCUCCUAACUGUGGUUCAGACUUUUCUGUCAUCAAUGUGCUUAGCUGGAGUCCAGAUGGAGAAACUUUAGCCGUCCCUGGUCUGAAGAAUGACGUGGUAAUGUACGACAGAGACACAGCAGAAAAACUGUUUUCUUUGAGAGGCGAUCAUUUGCAAUCUGUAUGUUACUUGUCAUGGUCACCUAAUGGUAAAUACAUGGCAACAUCUGGGUUGGACAGGCAGGUUUUAAUUUGGGAUGUUGAUAAGAAGCAGGACAUUGACAGGCAGAAAUUUGACGAGAGGAUAUGUUGCAUGUCGUGGAAGCCAAUUGGCAAUGCCUUGGCUGUCAUUGAUACAGCAGGCAAAUAUGGGGUGUGGGAAUCUGUUAUUCCUUCAUCAAUGAAAUCACCAGCUGAAGGAAUUCCAAAUUCACGAUCAAACAACAGUAACGGGUUGCUUUUGUUUGAUGAGGAGGAGGAGGAGUACGAAGAACCUAGUGCUGCUGGCAGUAUAAGUGAUCCUGGUGAAGAUAGUUUUGGUGAAUCUGGACCACCUUGCAGAAAGAGGUUAAGAAAGCAGUCCACAUAUGAUGAACUGUGGGAGGAAGACGACAAUGACAAAUUAAGCUCCCCACCAAAGCCCAAAUCUCGAAAAGAAUGUCACGAUAAAAAGAAGGCAUCAGACAAUGUUCAUGACGGUCUAGGAAGCAUAAUGUUACCUGCUAGAUCGAAAAUGCAGGAUGCUUUCCAGCCUGGUAGCACUCCUGCGCAGCCAGGGAAAAGGCGGUUCUUAUGCUAUAAUAUGAUAGGAAGUAUAACUACAAUCGAGCAAGAGGGCUACUCCCACAUAGAGAUAGAUUUUCAUGACACUGGAAAAGGUCCACGAGUUCCAUCGAUGACAGAUCACUUUGGUUUCACUAUGGCAUCAAUAAACGAGAAUGGGAGUGUCUUUGCGAAUCCCUGUAAAGGCGAGAAAAACUUGAGCACCCUCAUGUAUCGCCCGUUCUGUAGCUGGGCAAGUAACAGCGAGUGGUCUAUGCGAUUUGAGGGAGAAGAAGUGAAGGCAGUGGCGCUUGGCACUGGUUGGGUGGCUGCAAUUACGAGUCUCAAUUUGCUCCGCAUAUUCACUGAGGGUGGCUUGCAGAAACAUGUGGUGUCACUUGAGGGACCUGUUGUCACUGCAUCAGGCUUCAAGGAUGAGCUCGCAGUUGUCACACAUUCUUCUGAUUGUCUUUCUUCUGGUGAUCAGGUGGUUGAGUUUACAGUAUUCAACAUCUCCAAAAGCACAAAGGCAAUGCAAGGACGUUUGCCACUGACUCCUGGAUCACAGUUAAUGUGGUUUGGCUUCAGCGAAGAAGGCCUGUUGAGUUCCUAUGACUCAAAGGGUCUUCUGAAAAUAUUUGCAAGCCAAUAUGGUGGCAGUUGGGUGCCGCUUUUCAGUGCCAGCAAAGUAAAAAGAUCGGAUGAAAGCUACUGGGUAGUUGGAUUGAACAUGACCAAUUUAUUUUGCGUCAUUUGCAAAAGUCCAGAUUUGUUCCCACAGGUUGCACCUAAACCAGUUCUGUCCCUUGUAAACUUUUCGAUUCCUCUUGCAUCCUCUGAUAUUGGAGCAGAAACACUUGAAAAUGAGUUUAUCUUGAACUACACGCAUCUCUCACAGAUUCACCACAAAAUCGAAGCAGCUGCUCAAGCUGGAAUGGAUGUGAGCUCACUUGAAGAUGACGUUUUCAAUGUAGAAGCAGCUCAAGAUAAAUGCAUUUUAAGGCUAAUUGCAUCCUGCUGCAACAGUGACAAGCUUGCAAGGGCAACUGAACUUGUGAAACUUUUGUCACUCGAGAAAUCUGUGAGAGGCGCAAUCAAACUGGUCACUGCUCUAAAGCUUCCAAAUCUGGCAGAGCGUUUCAACAGCAUAUUGGAAGUGAGGUUGCUUGCUGAGAAAGGACCUAAAGAUGCGUCAGCUUUGAAUGUACAAGACAGUGCCUCUACUAGUAUUACGGCAGCUGCCGUGUCUGAAAAGAAAACUGAUGCCAUUAUGACAUUAACCACACCAAAGUUAUCUGCUCCUUUGUUUAUAAAGAAAGUGAAAUCACAGGAAGGAACUAGGGUUGGCGGUAGCGACCAAAUCGAUCAGGAUGUAAAUCCAUCUAUUCCGAAUGAUGGGGCAACAAAGUUCAAGGAUCAGAAGAUUGCCCUGCAGACUAAUGUUGGUGGGGAGAUAAAGAAGCCGGGAAAUGUGCAUGAGUUGCAGUCUGAACGCCCUAGUUCUGGCUUUCCAAAGUCCACAGACAAUUUGGAGAAGAUCAAGAAUGCAGGGCAAGCGCAUCGCCAACCGCCUCAACGCCCAUCCAACCCGUUUUUGAAGUCAGCCGUUAAGUGACAACGUCUCCUUCCGAGAAGGGAAUAGCUAGGAUUUUAAACUGACUCAACAGACAGAAAG